CUACAGAGAGAUCAACAUGAAGGGACAGAUAUUGUUUUUUCUGGCUCUAACACUGACUUUCUGCAGCUCAGGUUCUGCAAUCAAGUGUAGCAUUUGUUCAGACCUCACUGAUCCAACAUGCAAAAAAGCAUCAGUGAAGGACUGUGCAGCAACAGACACCAUGUGCUUUGUAUCAACAACAGAAAUUACUCAGGGUGGAACGACUACUACCAGAAUAAUAAAGAAAUGUGCAGACUCCUCGCUGUGUCCAGCUGCAGACACACAGACAUACUCCUUAAACACUGGAUCUGGUCAAGUGUUUGCACAAGCCACCUGUUGUAACAAAACAAACUGCAACAAAGAUGCCCCACCACUGCCGUCGCCUCCUGGAAACAGCUCAGUGCAAUGCCCGACCUGUGAUCCUCAGACAGGCACAUGCACUACUAAUGUAACAUGUAAUGAACUGGAGACCAGCUGCUUCCAAACUACAGCAACAACAACUUCAGCGUCCAGUCUCCCCACCCGGGGCUGUGCCUCACCAAAAAUGUGUACCACCUCUGUUCUGAACACAUUUCUACCUGAACUGUCCCCGUACACAGCUGUGACUGGACCAAGCUCGUGUUCAUCAAAUACAACAACAGUCCCUCCAACUACAACUACUACUGCCCCAGUGCAGAACCUGAGCUGUAGUAUCUGUACAGACCCUGCUGAUCCAACAUGCAAACAAGCAACAGUGCAACGCUGUCCAGUAACAAGCACCAUGUGCUUUGUAUCAACAACACAAAUUACUCAGAAUGGAACUACUACUACUAGAGUAAUAAAGAAAUGUGCAGACUCCUCACUGUGUCCAGUUGCAGACACACAGACAUACUCCUUAAACACUGGAUCUGGUCAAGUGUUUGCACAAGCCACCUGUUGUAACAAAACAAACUGCAACAAAGAUUCCCCACAAUUGCCGUCGCCUCCUGGAAACAGCUCAGUGCAAUGCCCGACCUGUGAUCCUCAGACAGGCACAUGCACUACUAAUGUAACAUGUAAUGAACUGGAGACCAGCUGCUUCCAAACUACAGCAACAACAUCUUCAGCGUCCAAUCUCCCCACCCAGGGCUGUGCCUCACCAAACACGGGCUCCAACCUCUGUUCUGAACACAUUUCUACCUGAACUGUCCCCGUACAGAGCUGUGACUGGACCAACCUCCAGCUCAUCACAUACAACAACAACAGUCCCUCCAACUACAACUACUCCUGCACCAACUACAACUACUACUGCACCAACUACAACUACUCCUG